CACUCAGAUCUAAAUGUCCAUAGUUGUGAUGGACAAAGAAGUGGAAGAUCAAACAAGCGAAGCAAAUGUCACAAAACUAUCAGACGCCCAGCGUGCCCGGAUUGAGAGAAAUCGUCAGAGGGCUUUGAUGCUAAAACAGACCCGGUUGUCAACAAGACCAUACACAACAGACAGACCAGGACCAUCAGGACAAAAAGUAAAAGCGCCAACAAAGAUAAUUGACACUGGUGCUGGAUUCUUUCUAGAGGAGGAAGAAGAGAAAACUCGAGCUAAAGUCCAGCAUGAGUUAGGUCCUGUGAUUGGUGUAGACAACCUCCUUUGUGAAGGCUGUGAUAAGGAGUUCAUGGACUCAUACUUACAUACACAUUUUGAUGUCUCCAUCUGUGAUAAGUGCAAAGAAAACCAAGAUGACAACCCCCUCAUCACUAAGACAGAUGCCAAGAACAGGUAUCUCCUCAAAGAUGCUGACUUUGACCGUCGAGAACCUCCUUUGAAGUUUAUUGUUCGCAAAAACCCACGUCAUAACAGCUGGGGAGAUAUGAAACUGUUUUAUGAACCUCAGGUAUAUCAACGAGCUAUUGAGGUAUGGGGUAGUGAAGAAAGUAUUGAAGAAGCUCACGAAAAACGGGCAGAAAAUCGAGAAAAAUCAAAACAGAAAAGAUUUGAUAAGAAAGUAAAAGAACUACGACACGCCGUACGUAGCAGUCUGGUUAAGAAAGACCGAGGACCACACAUACACGAGUUCGGUGACGAAGUUUACAAUGAGGCUGAAGAUGAGUACAGUAAGACAUGUCAGACGUGCGGUCAUGUGUCCACAUAUGAAAAAAUGUAGGCAAUAGGAACAAGUGACAUUAAAAAAUCUCAGGUAUACAAACUCAUUAAAACUGGACCACUUAGUGUAAAUAUUGUGAAAAUACUAAGUAUAUGUAUAUCUACCUCACAUUUCCAAUACAAAAUGGUACAGACCUGUUUGUGUAUGAUUGCGUUGCCAAGGAAAUUAAGUCUGGAAUUUCUUGGCUAUGGGAAUUGGUGCUGUAGAUCAUGAGUCCAAGACCUGGACAGGGCACAAGUAAACAAAUUGUCAUCCUUUAUUUUAUUGUGUUACAAAUGUCUAAAUAUCAACACAAUGCACCAUAUACAGUAAUGUACCUGUGGUAGUUGUAUCUAAGUUUGAUAUAUACAUGUAUGUAUAUUUUGUCAUCUGGUUGUGCCAGGCCAUAAGCUGUAAAUAUAUACAGAUAUUUGGUUAUAGACAGUAAUUAAUAUGUCUAAAUAUCAUACUGUACUUUAGGGAAAGGCUUUUUAGCCAUGGUGAUUGAAAUCUUUUGAGGAACAGAAUCUGACAUUUUUUACUGGAAGCAUUCAUUGAUAAGGCUGAAUAAAAAUGUGUUGGUGCUGAUUUUAUAAAUGAUAUUAUUCAAAUAUUAUCAGGUAAUCUUUUUACAUUUUACUUCAAUUGAAGACCUCUUGUCAUAUUUAUGGACCCUUCCAACCCUGGAUACUGAAUACUGACUGUUGACCGUCCAGAUGAAAUUAUGGAAGAGGUCAAAAGACUUAUGCCGGGGUGAAGAAAUAAAGAUGAUUUGACAAUUACAACAUGUAUGAAACAAUAUGGUUAGCCUUGUCUUUCUCAGUUCCAAACACAAAGGAAUUAGAGACACCUUGUGUGGUGUCUGGAAGCAGCUGAAAGGGUUAUAGGAAACACAAACACUAGUUAAUAUAUACAUCUAUUUAUGAUGUUCACUGAAAAGAUCAAUCUACAGAUCACAACAUUGUAUCAAUGUGAUUUUGAAAAGAAAUUUAUUUGGUGUGAAAAUGUUUUUAUUGUCAAUAAAAAGACAAAAAUAUGUAGCUGUGAAUAUUGGUAUAUAUUUAUUUUGUUGAGGAC